AUGAAGCUUUACAAAGCAAUUUUCCUAAUCGGAAUUACCGUUUGUUAUACGUUAUGCAGUGUGUAUAACGUCCAAGCAUCCGAUGAAACUAUAUCCGACGUACCGGCUGGAGCACCAGCACCGGCACCUGAUGCUUCAUUGGACGAGCCGUCCGAAUCGCCGAUCUCGGCCGUCCCAGCCUCCGCACCGGGCCCCACCGAAGCAGAUAUCAACAUCGAUUUCAACUCCAUCGACAACAUAGCAGAUCUAACCCCGAAAUUUGAAAGUGUAAACAAUUUCUAUUUCUCAUCCAUGAAAAUCGACACGAUGGCGAAGGAUCUCUGCAAAGGCACCGAUUAUAACAACGAGUGCCUCGCGGCGAUUCUCCCCGAUCUACAGAAAAGAGCCGACGAGGGAAAAGGCGGAGUUGAGAGGAAGGAUGUGCUGCGAAUGGAAGUCGAGUCGUUGUCCAAGAAGGCGAACGCGACUCUCGAUUACGCGAAGCGAUUGAUGGAUGACAGUAAGACGACAAUGCCGGUGAAAGAGGCGAUGAGUGUCUGCGUGGAGAGUUACGAAUCGCUGAUCGCGAGUGUGGAAGAUGCGAGGACGGCGUUGGACGAUGGAGAUUACGGGAGAUUGGAAUCGGUUUUGAGUGCGGCGAUCUCCGAUGUGUCGACUUGCUCUGAUACUUUCGUGGACAUUCCUGGUGUGGAAUCUCCGACGGCGUCUCUCGAUGAGCUCAUCAAGAGGCUCUGUAGCAACGUUUUGGCAAUGUCUCAUAAGGUCCAGAGCCGUUAG